AUGGACUCUACAUAUUUGCUGAGGAGAGAAGGUGCCAUCAUCAAACUGAACAUGGGGAGAGCGACUCGAUCUGGCGUUGGUACUAUGCCACUCUUUCGGACGUUUGCGACGCGCUUGUUUUUCUGCAGUGCACUUCCAGUCGCGGUGACGGACACCUACGAGUCUGCCGCUCACAGGCCCAACCUUGUCGCAUUGACCUCGGCGCAAGCCGCCAGAAUCGAGUUUGAUCAUUCUGCGAAAAAUGUCGCGGCCAAGGGCGUCUCUUUUCACUUCAAGGGCACGUCAUUCACUGCCAAGGCUAGAAAGCAAGUUGUGCUUUCGGCUGGUACUCUUCUGACCCCUCAGCUUCUCGAGCUCAGCGGUAUUGGCAACAGCGACGUCUUGAAGAAGCACCAGAUUACCCCAAAGGUCAAUCUUUCCGGGGUUGGGGAGGACUACCAAGACCAUAUUUUGGUCUCGACCACAUACGAAGUGAAGCAAGGCUUUGUCACCUAUGACAACCUUGGGUAUAACGAUACAUUUAGGGCAGCUACCGAAGCUCAAUACUCUGGCAAGAUUGCGCAUAUGCACAGGUCAUUGUGGGAGGACGUGAAGAAGGAGAAGCCUACUUUGCUUCAGAAGGAGCAUUCCGUAAAGCCGAAUACGACAUAUAUCUCGGUUAUCAUGUGCAUUCAGCAUCCAUUCUCUCGUGGAAACAUUUACCUAAAUACCUCAGACCCCCUAUUGCCUCCAGCUAUCGACCCUAACUACCUAUCCAAGCAAGUAGACCAGAGCAUCCUUGUCGAGUCGGUCAAGUUUGCCGAUAAGAUUGCCAAGGCCGAGCCAUUGGCUGCGAUGCUUGUUGCCCGACAGGACCCUAGUCCAGAUAUCAAGUCGGACGAAGACAUCACCAACUGGGUCAAGGGCAACAUCCACACUUUGCAUCACCCGAUUGGAACCGCGGCUACGAUGCACAAGUCGGUUGGAGGGGCGGUGGAUGAGAAGCUAAAGGUGUAUGAAACGAGUAAUCUGCGAGUGGUGGACGCAAGUGUGAUCCCGAUGCAUCUCGCCACUCAUAUGCAACGCACCAUGUACGGUAUUGCGGAAAAGGCAGCUCACAUAAUCAUAAGCGACUGGGGAUUCUAA